CGAAGAGGAAGAGGAGGAGGAGGAAGUCGAAGUAGAAAACAAGCCUCGGCUUCACGGUGAACUUUGAGUUAACGUCCUGCAGUCUCAGGAGAUUUCAGAUCUUUUAUUUUAUAUAUUUAAUAUUCUGCAUUAUUAUACACGCGCACCAGCCGCAGGGUGUGACGUCACGGCGCAGUCACGCUCCUAAAAAUCUGCUGACAGCGCGAGAAGGAGACAGACGGGCUGUUGAAGAGUGAUGAACGUCUGAAGCUGCGAUGGAGGACGACUGUCAGCCUCUGCUGAACUCUGAACUCACCACAGAAGAUGUCUCUCACAGAGGAUCCACCGACUCCCUGGACUUCAAGAACAAACGGCCGUUCCAUGUGGAGCCCAGAAACAUCGUAGAUGAUGAUCCUCAGGAGAGAGUUACCGCUGAAGCUGCCAUCCUCAACAGCCGAGUUCAUUACUACGGCCGCCUGACCGGCUCGUCUGAUAGGCUGCUGAGUCCUCCGAAUCAUGUGAUCCCCGGUCCAGAAGAGCUCUACAUCUACAGCCCGCUGGGGACGGCGUUUAAAGUGACCAGCAGUGACAGCACUUCCAAAAACCCCAGCAUCAUUACCAUAUUUGCGAUCUGGAACACGAUGAUGGGCACAUCCAUCCUCAGCAUACCCUGGGGAAUCAAACAGGCUGGUUUCACUCUGGGCAUCCUCAUUCUCAUCACCAUCGGCCUUCUGAUGCUCUACUGCUGCUACAUUGUGCUCAGAUCACCAAAGGCCAUACCCUAUGUGGACACGUCAGAGUGGGAGUUCCCGGAUGUCUGCAAGUAUUAUUUUGGAAAGUUCGGUCAGUGGUCCAGUCUGGUUUUCUCCAUGGUGUCUCUGAUUGGAGCCAUGGUGGUUUACUGGGUCCUAAUGUCCAACUUCCUUUACAACACAGGACAGUUCAUCUACAAUUCAGCGCACCAUGUAAACGUGUCUGACUCAGAGUUUGGGACAAAUGGCUCAGAUCGAGUGAUCUGUCCGUACCCGAACACGGACCCUGGGGGGAACCUGACGCUGAGCGCUGUGGUUCUGGGGGGAGGAAAUGAAACAGCCGGAGACUCGUUUGAGCGUUGGUGGAGUAAAACCAAUACCAUCCCUCUCUACCUGAUUGUCCUGCUGCUGCCGCUGCUCUGCUUCCGCUCCGCCGCAUUCUUCGCCAGGUUUACCUUCCUAGGUACCAUAUCUGUGAUCUACCUGAUCUCUCUGGUCACCAUCAAAGCAUUCCGUCUAGGGUUCCACCUGGAGUUCCACUGGUUCCACUCUACACAGUUCUUUGUUCCAGAGUUCAGGCUGAUCUUCCCUCAGCUGACUGGAGUUCUUACUUUGGCUUUUUUCAUCCACAACUGCAUCAUCACCCUCAUGAAGAGCAACCGGAACCAGGAGAACAACGUGCGGGACCUGUCUGUGGCGUACCUGUUGGUGGGAGUGACGUACCUGUACGUGGGGGUUUUAAUCUUUGCUGCGUUCCCCUCCCCUCCUCUCUCCAAAGACUGCAUCGAACCAAACUUUCUGGAUAACUUCUCUAGCAGCGAUGUGAUGGUGUUUGUGGCCCGGGGUUUCCUGCUGUUCCAGAUGAUCACUGUUUACCCCCUGCUGGGCUACCUGGUGCGGGUCCAGGUGAUGGGUCAGAUCUUUGGAAACCAUUACCCAAGUUUCUUUCAUGUUCUGUCUCUGAACAUUUUAAUCGUGGCCUCUGGAGUCCUGAUGGCAAAGUUUUAUCCAAACAUCGGAUCCAUCAUCAGGUUCUCUGGAGCGACCUGUGGUCUGGCUCUGGUUUUUGUGUUUCCAGCUUUGGUCCAUAUGAUCUCUCUUAAGAGACAAGGGGCGCUGCGCUGGCCGUCAGCUAUGUUCCACAGCUUCCUGAUUGUUCUCGGUGUGGCUAACCUGCUGGCUCAGUUCUUCAUGUAGACACACGGACAGUUUUUAUUGGGAGAAGGAACACGGCGUUAAACUUUACAGCCAGGUUUAAUGUCCCAAGGAACAGCAGAGUCAAACUUGUAAGUAUCACACCUCCUGUUGCUGAAGGGAUCAAACACAGUGUGUUUCAGGGAAUAACAGGAGGGUGAUUAUAUACUAUAAUUUAUACAUAUUCUUAUUUUAUGAAACAGUUAGAGGUGUUUCUAUGAUAUAAAGCUGCUCUCUAAAGCUGAUGAAAUGUCAGCAGGAAGUUUAAGAGGAGACUCUGUGAAACAUUAACUGAGUGAACUUUGAAGCUGUUUAAAUCAUCUUUUUUUAUUUUAAGUGUGAAUCACGAGUUUAAAGCUUUAACUCCACUUCCAGCUCUUUCUUCUUCACCUUCUCUUUUUCUUUGUGCACAGUUUCUUUCUGCUGCCCCCUACUGGACAAAAUAGGUUCAGUAGUUUGGUUGCAGCUGAUUUUAUGCUUACAUAGAGGGAAUCCUGUGACUUGUGUUGUUAAUAUGUAAUCUGUUUGUAUGAGGCGUGUUCACAUAAUGCCUCUGUGUUUUACUAACCAUAGGACGGACAAAGGGAAUAUAUUCAGAGUGUAAAUAAACUAAUAGUCCAACUUUCAUGUUUUUAAUAAAAACACUUUUAAUCAAA